AUGUCGGACCUUAGCUUAGAAAAUUCUGACCAAACCCUUCAGGAAAGGGAGGAAGAUCUCGAGGAUGGCGGUGACUUAGAUACCGAGGAGCUACUGGCUGCGAUGGCUGAGAAUUCUUCUGGAAACCCACAAAUUAUUGUCAUCGGCUUAAAUAGACGUUUUGACUUUUCAAUUGAUCAAUUUUCAGAAAUUCCUCCCGAAGAGAUAGAGGAUGAAGAACUUUUGUUAGAUGAUACAUUAUCGCCACUUGAGAAGAUAUUCCUAUACGUGAAGAGCGAUUUGGUAUUUCAUAGAGUGUUCAUUGCAAAGGAACUGCCGUCACUGAUAAAAGAUGUGGAAAUAAGUGAAGCUGUUGAAUAUGUAUUGCCUUUGAUGAAUUCUUUAGGAACAGACCCUGAGGAUCAUGUUCGCGAAGCAUUUGUUCCUGAAUUAGAUAAAAUUAUAUGGUUUUAUUAUUCACAUUGUCCACUAAGAGAAACUACGACAGAAAUUACAACAGAUAAUAUUCAGAAUGAUAAUGCUUCAGUAUCAAGGCCUUUGACUCCACAAAGACCGCAAACACCCCAAAGACCUCAAACACCUCAAAGACCACAAACACCAAUACAGCAAUCGUUGCCAUCACAACCACCAACUCCGACUAAUCAUUUACCAUAUUUAUCACCAGCUGCCUUUACUCCUCUGCUUCAUGCAUUGCUUCUUGAUCAAAACACUGGUAUUGCACAAGCAGCUCAAAAUGUUAUACAUUCUUUAGUUGAGAGAAUACUAGAAGAACCAGAUGUUAAUCCUAAAGAAAAAGAAUUGUUAGAAAAAGAAACUUUGGAGGGUGUUGUUUUAGGAAUAGGUCGUCUUGAUCAAGAGAAGGUAAAGAGAGAGGAAUUAAAUGAAUGGGAUGAAGGUGACGAUACAAGUGUUGGUGCUGUUACUGGUAUUGAGGAAGAAGUUGAGCUAGGCCGAAUGACAAUGAUGUCGUUAAUAUCAUCUUUAGCGCCGAUCGUUGGCCCAGAAAGAUGUAUUCGCUUGUUUGUACCUGAGUUGGACAAAAUGAUGGAAGAGCCAGUGUUCUAUGUACGGAAGGAAGCGGCCUUGGCGAUUGGAAAUUUAGCUAGUGUAUUACCUUUGGAUAUAAUAACUUCAAAAUUGUUACCUAUAUACGACCAUUUCUCAAUCGACCCUAUAUGGCACGUACGUCGCUCUUGUUGCUUAGUUUUACCAACAUUAUGCUCAAAACUUCCUGGAGAAAUGAAAUCGGAUCGAGCUGUAAAAGGAAUUGAACUAUUUGCCGGUGAUGUUAGUCGUAGUGUACGUUCUGCAGCCGGUGAAAUUAUUGGGGAAUUGAUUGCUACUUUUCAACCUGAUGAUAAAGUUCCUGAAAGUUUAGUACAACAUUUUUUAAGCCUUGGACCGGUUAGGGAAAGCAGUCUUAGUAAUGGUGUUUCUAGUAGUACAUUUAGCAAUAAUCUUGGACAGAGAGAUCCGGAACGUCCAGUUAUAUGUGCAUUUAAUUUUCCCGCUGUCGUUCUAACGUUGGGUGAAAACAGUUGGGAUAAUUUAAAAGAUACAUAUAUUCCCUUGACUCGAGACAUGCAGAUUAAAGUACGAAGAUCAUUGGCUUGUUCACUUCACGAAAUAGCAAAAGUAAUUGGUCCAACGAAAACGGAGAAUGAUUUGCUUAAUGUUUUCACAUAUUAUUUGGAUGACAUUGAUGAG